AUGGUCUACUGCGGAAAGCCCUCUAGGGGCUGUCAGAUGUGUCGUACUCGAAGGAUAAAGUGCGACGAGACGAAGCCAACAUGUAACCAAUGCGCCAAGUCACGCCGUCAGUGUCCCGGCUACAAGGACGAGUUCGAUCUUGUCUUCCGGAACGAGACCAAGGCAACAGAGAGGAGAGCGCAAAAGGCGAACCGAAAGGCUCUCGCCCAGAAAGAAAAGGAUCUCGACUCGCCGACGUCAGGCUCAGACAAGAGUAUCUCACCAACAUUCAAAAAGGAGAUCGAUUCGCCCGCAGCCGUCAGCCCUGGUCUGAAUGUCCCCGUCGAACAAAUGGCUAGCUGCCACUUCGUCGCCAACUACGUCUUGCUACCGAGGCAGGGUAGCACACGUGGGUUCAUGGAGUACCUGCUGCCACUGUUGAAGAUCGACCAAGGGAACCACCACCUGCAACAUGCGUUCAACGCGUGUGCGCUGGCAUCACUAGGAAACCGACCGAACGCUGCGGCGACACAACUGAGCGAGAAAGCACUAGGUCACUACACCAAGGCACUGGCAGAAACACACAUCGCGCUCAAAGAUCCCGACCAGUCGAAAUCAGACGCCACACUCGCUUCCGUUCUUAUGUUGGGUCUUUUCGAAAACAUGACUGCUCGACAGAUGGGCAUGUUUGCCUGGGGCUCACAUAUUGAAGGUGCCAUUCAGUUAGUAAAGGCUCGUGGUCGCAAGCAACUCAGAACCAAAACGGGCCUCUUGCUCUUCAUCGCCGUCCGGACACAGAUGAUCAUCCACACGCUCAGCACGGGUACAGCACCAAUCAUGGGCGUGGAAUGGUGGCUAAGCGAUGCCGUCAAGGACGAGUCAGCCGCCCAGUGCCAAAGACUAAACAUCAAGACGGCCGAGCUGCGCGCCGAGGUCACAAGAUUGAUGUCAACGGUGGCUCGAAGCCCAGAGAACAUUGACAUUAUGCUCGACAUGAUACGCCGGGCUCAGACUGUCGACCAAGAACUCAUGAGCUGGAUGAGGAACACGCCAGAUUACUUCCAGUACACGACGGUAGCGUGGGAGGACAACGUCCCCAACGGAGACUAUGCAAAGGCGGAAGUGUUCCCUGGUCGUGUGGACGUCUAUCAAGACUUCUGGAUCGCAAGUGUAUGGAACAUGGCAAGAGUCUCUCGCCUCAUUCUCGCGUCCGUCAUUGUACGCUGUGCGGCUUGGGUCUGCUCACCAGUGGACUACCGCACAACACCAGAAUACGCCACGGCGGCACGCACGUGUGUAGACACCAUUAGCGAUAUCAUCGCUUCAGUACCGUACCAUCUCGGAUGGCAUCUCAAGAGGCCCGAAUUGCUCGAACGGGCAAAUAUCUCAGGCUUUGCCUGUGGUUUAGAGGAAUCACAAAAGGGUCUUCCCGGAUACUUCCUCACCUGGCCUCUGGCGUGCUUGCACGGGCAGGAUUACACGACAGAUGCCCAACGAGCCUGGGUGGUUGGACGGUUGAAGUUUAUUGGUGAUGAGCUCGGUGUCAAGUACGCCCAUAUUCUGUCACAGAUGCAAGUCCGCGUUCCCUCCAUGCUCAUCAGGAGAGACGGCCUCAUGGCCCAGCCGUACCCGCAUGCCCACAACUUUGAGAAGCUGCUCUCAGCGCGCUUUGCGCCGCCGUCUGCGGGCUAUUCCAUGAAUCCUCUGCAGCAGCGCGAGGCUAUGCAAAAGGAGUUUGUCGAAAAGAACAAGGCCGAGCUGCUCGCGAAAGCCACAGGCACCGCAGGCCAGGCCGGCCAUUCUUUGUUGAAGUACUGGGUCGCGAAUGAGGUUGGAAACGAGUUUACGCCUUUAUCUACAACCAUCAUCUUCCUGGCAUUUCCUACCUGA